GUCCCUCGCGCGCCCGCGUCAGAUAGUCGUCCGUCCGAUCCCUGUUCGAUAAAUCGCAAAAACGAGAGAUUCCAGACGAUCGUCGUCGUCGCCGUCGUUGGUUUUUAUUUUUAUCGUCCACUCCUUCGAUUGCUUGCCGGUUUUUUUUUUCAUUCGACCGAUGUAAUAUCUCGCUGGUGGUUCGUUUAAUUACAUUACGCGCUUGGCUUUUAUUAUAUUAUUUACGUGUACAUCACACAGAGAGAGAGAGAGAGAGAGAGAGAGAGAGUGAGAGAGCAUGAUAGUGAGGUGACAGAGAGACGACCAGACCGUCAGCCAGCCAGCACGCCCGUGCCCGUAUAUACGCACCGAGGAAACGACACUCCGCCACCGCUGCCUUUUGCGUGUCUAAUACAUUAAUUGACAACGCCCUUAGUUAAUCAUUUCCUUCCUCUGGAGCACGCGACCUUUAACUCGUCUGCUGCUGCUACUACUACUAUACACUGCUACCUACUCUUCGGCGCGGUAUCAUAACCGACGUGCGGCCGCAGGUAUAUAUACACGGUCAUCAUGACGGAGCGCCGUCAUCGCCAUUGAGGCCCAUCGUCGUCACCGCCGCUAUAGCAGUGUCGUGUCCAACACGCCCCGACGGUCGCGCCGACCGCCGAAGAAUCGCAUGACCGCCGCUGCAGUCGUCGUCGUCGUCGGCUGAACGGUACACGGCCGGGUUCGGCGAGCGAUGACCACGACAGCAAACCACCGGGCCGCCGCAGGAGGUAACAUGGCUCCCGAACCAGAGGAAGACAUAGCGGCCAUCGCCAAACAGAUAUCGGACCACGCGGAGGCGAUAUACCAGACGUGGAAGGCCCGGGGCCUGGCGCCCAACGAGAUACUGACGUGUCACCGCGACUCGUCGGCCGCAGCCGACAAGUUCGGCUCGGCGCUGACGCCGCAACCUAAACUGCCGGCAGACGUGACUGCUCCGGCCCACCAUAACCGUGGCACGCAGCUGAUGGCCGACCCGAACAGCACCAACAACCUGGAACGGCUGGUGAACAAGUUCGUGGUGGAGGACAAGGCCCGGCUGCAGGCGGCCCGGCAGUCGCGUUCGCUGUCGCCCAAGCCGUUCGCAUCGUCCAUUCAGUACGCGCUGCAAAAGUUUGAACAGAAGGCUUCCUCGUCCACCAGCCCCGUCCCCGAGCACCUGCAGCCACAGCAACAGCAACUACAGCAGCAGCAAGCCGCCGCUAUCAAGCAAAACGUCGGCGGAGGUGGUGCCGCCAAAAGGUAUUGCAGCAAGCCGUCGCCGAUGCGGAACUAUGUGGCGUCGCCGGACGCAGAUGACAAUAAGGGCGUGGACGGGCCCGCGUGGCCGUUUCGGAACGGUGGCAAAUCGGCAGCGGUCCAGUCGCAGCAGAACACCUGUGAUUUUAUGGACGAGGUGGCCAAAGAGGAACAGCGGUUGAUCGACGCGCUCAAGAACGGGUCGGUGGUCGAGAACAGGAAGCCCGAAAAGCCGGCCGUGCCUAGCAAAGAGGGCGUCCUGUUGCGAUCGGCCGCCGGGGGUUACGAUGCGGCGGCGACCGGCCACCGUUCCAAGCCGGAGUUCCUCAUCGGGCUGUCCGCGCUCAGCUCGGCCCGGCGGAACCAGCACGCGCACCGGCAACAGGAACAGGUGCCGCAUCCCGAGCUCACCGAUCACCAGCGAGCCAACAUCCGGUCCAAUCACCACCAGUCCAAUCCGGUUCGGCCGUUUUUAACACGUGGUUCAGUCGCCGAGCGUGUGCUCAUAUUCGAAAAGUGUCCGACCGAACUGAUGAAGAACUCAGCCGUCUGCAAUUCUUCAUCGGUUCAUUCGUCGUGGAAGAACAUCGGCUCGGAUGUGCACAGCAAAAUCCAAAACUACUCGAAGGAAACCAAUCAGAAACCUGGAGCGCCUCCACCGCACACUACGUUACAGAGACAUACAAAGGCCAAUCGUAACGUAUUCAUUCCUAGAUUCUACUACCCAUUCGGCAAGCCCGAGAGUCAACAGCAGUGGGAUACGAUCGUCAAAACAAUCACAGAUUUCUUUAUGUCGUUGCCGAAUUCACAAGCUUCGAAACAUCAUUUCGGUCAAAUCGCAAAGUUGUGUAAUUGUCCGCUUUAUUGGAAGCAACCUCUGUUCUUUGCCUGUGGCGGGGACUUGUCAAGUACCAUAGACGUAAAUACCUUCCUUAAUUAUUGGAAAGACGUGUGGUCUUCUUGUCACGACUUGCCAUCGAUAUUCAUACGCAUAUUGGCAAGAAACUCAAAAAAACAAACAUUAUCGCCGGAAAACUUCAUCUUAUUAGUCCAAGAUGUGGUCGAUUCGCAUCCCGGUUUAACAUUCCUGAAAACUGCGCCAGAGUUCCAUUCUAGAUAUGUUCACACGGUAAUAUCAAGGAUAUUCUACAGUGUUAACACAUCAUGGAGCGGUGAUCUUAGUCUAGCAGAAAUCAGACGAUCAGAUCUAAUUCGAGUCAUUGACCUAUUAGAAAAAGAAGAAGACAUCAACCAAGUGACUGCUUACUUCAGUUAUGAACAUUUCUAUGUCAUAUACUGUAAGUUCUGGGAGUUGGACCGUGACCAUGAUUUAUUUAUUAGCAAAACCGAUUUAGCCAGACACAGCGAUCAUGCUUUGUCCACAAGAAUAAUUGACAGAAUAUUUUCUGGGACUGUCACUAAGAAAAAGCAAAAGAAUUCUAAUAAUAAUUAUAUGGAAGAAAAAAUGAGUUACACUGAAUUUGUUUGGUUCUUAAUGGCUGAAGAAGACAAACGACAUCCUAGAGCAGUUGAAUAUUGGUUUAGAUGCAUGGAUAUUGACGGUGAUGGUUAUUUGUCAAUGUACGAACUUGAAUAUUUCUAUGACGAGCAAUUGCAAAGAAUGGAAAGCAUAGGAAUUGAAUGUCUACCAUUUGAGGAUUGUUUGUGCCAGAUGCUUGACAUGGUUAAACCUAAGUGUUGUGGCAAAAUAUCAUUGGCUGAUCUCAAAACAUGUAAAAUGACUCCGAUAUUUUUUGAUACAUUCUUUAACCUUGAAAAAUAUCUGGAUCAUGAACAACGUGAUCCAUUUGCUUCACAGAGGGAUAAUGAAAAUGAACAUAACGAAAAUGGGAAUAAAUAUUAUAAGGCAUCAGACUGGGAUAAAUAUGCUGCUGAAGAAUAUGAAAUGUUAGUAGCUGAAGAAGGUGGAAAUGAUGCACCAGAAGAAAUAAUAACUGACGAAGACAUUUGAAGGAAGAAAUAUAUAUGACAGUGAAACGGAACUGAUAUUGAAGAUAUCCUGUCACCCAAUUUGGAUGAUGUAUUGAAAUCAUGUACGUUUAAUAAAAUAUCCAAUCAGCCUAGAGUUUUGGUCACCGAUUUCUCUUCACCGUCUACUAUGUAUGAUGAUAAUGAUUCGUCUGACUAUGCUGGCGAUAGCGACGAUGACAUUUAAUUUAUAUACUCAAUAAUAAUACAUAAUAAUAAGUUAUACAUAAUAAUAAAAAUAAUAAUAAUAAUAAUUGUAGUAAUAUUUUAGUAACACAACCACAUUAUUUCUUUGUGACAAUGGGAAUUGCUGACAUUAUUAUACCAAAGAAUAUAGUUGCUCAUAUUGUCCUCUUGUUCCCAUGUUUUUCUUCUGUUGUUUACUUAAACUUUUAAAUACAUAAUUUUUGGCAAAAUGUUACAUAACAUUAAUUUAUGUGCGUGUUUUUGUUGAUAGGCUAUAGCCUGAAUAUGGUCAUUAUUAUUUUGUUUUAUUUAUGAAAGAUUAAUCGUUGUUGUUUUCAAAAAUGUAUAAAGCAUUAUAAAAGGUGUCUAAAAUUGCGCCAUGUACCAGAUUUUAUAUUUGUCAUUAUUAUAAUUUUUUUGUAUGAAAUUUAUAAAUUGUAAAUAAUUAAUUCAAUUUUUAACUAGUUAAAUUAAUUUUAAAUACAAGUAGUUUAUUUAUAAUAAUGUAAAAUAUGAUUAAAAAGAAAAAACCAAAAUAUCUGUUAAAUAUGUUAUACGAAUCUUAUUGAAAUAGUUUUAAGAGUUGUGUCCGUUCUGUUAUAAAAAAACCAAAUUAUUAACAUAGUCUAGUCGAAAAUAGAUCGUUAUUAUAGUAUGUACUAAUAAUAAUGACAUUAUUUAUUAAUUACAUAUUUUUAAAAACAAAAUCGUAUGAAAUAUUAAAAUCUAAUUUUCUCUUUCUUUUAUUAUGUGUUUUAUUAUGACAAUUAAAAACCUAAUCUAUCAUACUUGUAUGUACUUAUAUAUUUUAAUCUAAUAUUUAAAUAUUUAUUUAAUUAUUUAAAAAAUAUCUAUAUUAAAUGUGUAGUGUUUCGACGCAACUCAUCACAAGUGAUAUUUACUCACAUUUUUAAUCUUCUAAUCAAUUACCAUUGAUUUUUUCAAUGGUUAAAAAAAUCCUGAUCGUAGAAUUUUUUAAUUAUCCUCGAUGACUUUCAAAUAGAUCUUCACCUUAUUAUAAUUAUACAUUUAUACAUGUUUAAGUAUACAGCUACAGCAUUAUUCAACAAUAUUUUUACCUAAUAAAAAAAAAAAAUUAAUCUACAAUUCCUAUAAUUUUUUGUAUUUAGAAUUAUCGUUUGACAGUUCUUGUGAUUUGUUUUUUUGACAUUUACUCACUAGUAGCACAAAUGCACUGUAAUUAAUGCUUACCCAUGUAUGUUAAAAAAUUACUUAAAGUAGUCUUCUUCCAAUAGUUUAUGACUUAAUAUUAAAAAUCAAACAUAUUUUUAUGUUUUGUAAAAUUAUGUAAGCAAUUGUAUGGUUGUUCAUCCGUUUAUAGUGAUAAAUAAAAAUUAACAAAAUUAUA